AUGUCGGUGAAAACUCUCGCUGACUCAAACGUCUUUCCCCAAUCAGCCCACCUCCCGUUGAAACGACGAGAAUGGAGUCGGCCUCUCAUCUUCGGCCUCGUCCUCUUCAUCGUCUGGGCCUGGAAACUCCACCAGUGGUUCUAUGACCGUAAUGCUGUUCUUCGCCCAGGCUCCUAUCCCUUUCCUGUCUACAACGACUGGGAUGACAUUCCCACCAGUAAGCAGCUGCACUGGGUGCGCUGCGAGCUCCCGUUGAUGGUCCCCGGCAACUUUCUAUGCGCCCGCCUCGCCGUCCCAAUGGACUACCAGCGGCCACUCACUCAGUCCUCAGACAGCCCGCAGGUCUAUAUAGCCCUAGUUCUCCUUCCGGCUGCGGGUCAUGGUCUUGAAACAGGCCGCUUCUCCGAGUCGCCCCUCCUCCUCAACCCGGGCGGGCCCGGCGGCGUCGGCACGGCUUUCGUGUAUUCAAAUGCCGGCCCUAUUAUUCAGGCCGCCGUGGGCGGUAAUGUAGACCUUAUUGGCUUUGACCCCCGAGGGAUUGGCGCGACAGUGCCGUCCGCGGAUUGCUUCACGGAGCACGUUACCACGCCGUCCCCAGGCGCAGACAACGUUGCCAUGAUGCGCAGGUUGACGUGGCUGCUUAUGGCUCACGACGUGGGCUUACCAAAUGGCACCAACGACGCAAUGGACAUACUCGCCCAUCGGGCCCGAGCUGCGUCAAAGUUGUGUUCACAGAAGGACAGCGAGGAGAGUGGAUUACGGUACAUGGCGACGCCGAACGUGGCGGCGGACAUGAAAAGCAUUGUUGACGCUCACGACGACUGGCUUGAGGAAAAUGGCUUCGAAACUGCUGCACUUGGAGUUGAGAAACGGUCGUCGAGCGAAGCUGCUCCGCCUUCUACCAAGCGCAAGCUCGUAUUUUGGGGCUUCAGCUACGGCUCGCUAUUAGGGCAGACGUUUGCUUCUAUGUAUCCUGACGCUGUGGGACGGCUCAUCCUUGAUGGGGUAGUGGCAUCCAAUGUGUAUAACACACCUUCAGAGUGGGUUUCAAAUAUGAGAGACGCGGACUCAAUCGUCGAAAGAUUCUUCUACUACUGCCAGCUCGCUGAAGAAAAGUGUGCUCUCUUCCGCCAGGGCGACGAGGCAAAAGAUAUAAAGGCACGAUACGAUAGAGUCAUCAGCGGGCUACGCGCAGAGCCGCUCAUUGUCGUCUCCAGGUAUAUUAAUAUGCCUGUAGUGAUCAUGGAAGCCGACAUUCAGAAGUCCUUUUUCACAGCGCUGUAUUCUCCGAUGCGUACUUUCUCCAUAAUCGCCCACAUUUUGAACAUCAUCUAUGAAGCGGGCGACCUCUCGUCAUUGCUUAUAUAUCCCGACUUGACCCCAAUGUGUAAUGCAGACUUCAAAAUUCCUAUCAGUCUCGACGAGAGCUUUGCGGCCGUUGGUUGCAGCGACCGACGGCCUAAGGUAAGUGCCAGCCUAUAUGUUGUUGAAUCGAGACGAGCAAAGCCUGACACGACGGCCUCCUUGAUAGCGUAA